GCAUUCAAGUGACCCCCUCUUCUUGAUGCACAACAGAAGCGCUAUAUAUAUACAGCAAGGUGGCACACCAUUCUUCCGCAGCCCAAGCACGGACGCACGCACACUCAUCCCCCCUUUCUCCCUGUUAGUGGUCGCCAGUACACAGCACCCACCUACCUAACCUAGAUAGAUAGAUAUAUAGGCAGGAGCUGAUAUCCAUGGCCAGCAUGGCACCGUCGCCGGCGAGCUCCUGCGUGUCCUCCGACGAGGAGGAGGCCGCGGCGGCCAAGGCGAUGGUGGUGGCGGGGUGCCCGCGGUGCCUCAUGUACGUGAUGCUCUCGUCGGAGCCGCCUCGGUGCCCUCGCUGCAACAGCCCCGUGCUCCUGCAAUUCCUCCACGGCGCCGACGCCAACACCGCCAACGCCAACGCCGACGCCGACGCCAACACCAACAUGCACGGCGGCAAGAGCUAGCCUGCCUGCUUGCUUCUCCUUUCUUACCCACUGUAGCCGUGAUGAUCUGCAUGGGAUUUUCAGGUCGUAGUCAGGAAGUAGCUAGCUUUCGAAUCGACUUGCAGCAUCGUUGACCAACCAAAUCUAGAAUUUGAGCGGACUGAGAAAGAGCGUUUGCAAUGUGGCUUGUGACCAAUCACCGUGUGGCUGGAUGAUUGGAUUGCACGACUAUUUCUGCUUUGUUUUGAUUCUAGUAUUGAAGAUGGGUUCGUGACCGAUCAACCUCCAGCUAAUUAUAUAGCACAGCAGUAUAGCCAGCCCGGAUGCUGACUGGGGAUGAUCAAAGUCAGGAUGCCUUAUUAUGAGGGAUGGACGACAGAAGUCGGGAUCGAUCGAUAAUCCGUGACGGUUUUAAUGAGGGAUCACCAAGUAGUAGUACUAA